UGCUCUAUUUCGCUUUUGCUAUUUUACUGUAAUUAGAUAUACUUAGAUAUAUCAAACACAAAUGACAUCGGUGGUUCAGCACGGCCGACGGAGAGGGUCCAGUAAAAGUGCGUCUUCAGCAGAAGAAGCCAGCAGGAUGAUCCAGCCACCUGAUCUCCGAAAAGUCACGGUCUUAACCAAGGCCGAAUGGCUGAGGAUUCAAGGUGAACUGAACCGGGUUAAUAAAGACAAGGAGAGAAUGACAGAGGCAGCGAACCGGAGAGAAGCCCUGCACCUCCAAUCAAAAGAGGCAGUGAAGCUGUGGUCCAAUACCAUCGCUGGUCAAAGGCAAAAGAAGCUGGAGGCAAAGAAGAUUCGAGAGCAGAUUGAAGAGGAGAAAAGGAAAAUGACUGACAUAGAAGAGGCUAAAUACCAGGAACAGAAGCGUAAAGACGCCAUUGAAAAAGCCAAGACUCAGCUGUAUUAUCAAACUGACCGAGUCAAAGGAUUACAUCGUGCACUCUUGCUGACAGAAGUGCUGAAGGAGAGGGAGGCCCAGAUUGAAGUGAAGCAAAGAAUAAAGAGUGCCUCUAAAGAUGUGGAUAAAGAAUUCACAGAUAUGGUAAAGACCAGAGAGGAUGAAGCUCUGAGACAGGAGCAGGAGAAAGCACUUCAGAAGAAGCUUGAGAGACAGGCUGUUGCAGAGGACCUGAAAAACCAGAUCAAGGUAAACGAGUUGGCAAGAGAGCGACAAAAGACAGAGAACAAGAAGGACGGAGAGGAAAUCCAACGCCUUCAAGAACUCUAUCAAUGGGAGCAGAGAAUGGAGGACGAAAGACAAACAGAGCAGAAGAGAAACCUUAUGCAAGCUCACCUGGAACAUCUCACCAAUAGAGACCUCAUAAGAGCAGCAGAUGCGCAAAAACAGGAGGCUGAAGAGAAGCAAAGGAAACUUUUCCUCACUGCCAAGCAAAAGAUGAUGAAGUUAAGGAGAGACAAAGAAACUGAGUUGUUAAGAGAGGCCCAGAUGCACAGAGAGAAGAUCAUGAACAAACUGACAGUGGCACAGCAGGACCAAACUGUCAGCGAGGAGCUGAGGAUUGCUAAGGCUGUAGCUGAGCGGGAUGCCAAACAGGCACAACAGCACAGGGAGGAGGAGGAGAAGAGGACUGCAAUGUUGAAGUCAAUCACUGCACACAGAGAAUUCAUGAGACAAGAAAAGGAGCAGAGGGACAAAGAAGCGCAACAGACCACCCGAGACAUGCUUCAAGCCAAGAAAGAGGCUGACAGAAUAUUUUCUGAGAAACAACAACUGAAGGCUCAGAGGAUCCGAGAGGAUGAAAGAAAAUUACAAGACUUCAAUGCCACACAAAUGGCUGCAAAAAUGGCCAGACAUCAGAACCUGAGAAGAGAUGAACAUGAGUUUCAGGCAAAGAACACAUACCUUGUUGCUGAGGAGGAAAACCAGUUUCAACAGUAUUCACAGCACGUCAUCAGCGCAGCGGCAGAGGCUCAGCGAAACGUGUUUCCACUUUGCAAAGCUGCGAGGGAAGGGAUAGGAGGAGGGCUUGGUCCCGUUUUAGGUGGAGUCAGGCCUGGCUACCUCGUUCAGGACUGUAGUGGUGCUCAGAUGCCCAAAUAUGUCUCUGGUGUCACCCAGAACAUUAAAAAGCUUAAUGAAGUUGUAGACAUUCAAGAAGCAAAGAGGAGACUUGGGUUUACAUGGUGAUUGUUCUCUCCCAGCUGGCAAUUUUAGUUCCAAUGUUUCCCUGAAUUUACCAUCUCUGAAGAUACUGAAUGUUUUAAUAACAUUCUUAAAAUACUUUGACAAAGGCUUUGUCUGAAACCACUCACUUACUCACUACCAACAAACGCUCAAUAGUUUGCUCUAUAGUGAAUAGUACAUAGGGAUUUUUGACACUGUCAUCAUUCCAUCAUCACAGACAAGUGGAGUCUCACAUGACUUCCACCUGGUGGCCUAGGUGUCAACGGCACCAACCAUGAAUCAGAACGUCUCCUGUCAUCUCAUUACUGCAGGCAUAAAAAUGUCCAAAUACAUAAAGACAACAAAAAAGCUGUGUCCAUGCCAUGGAGACUAACAGUGUGUCCCUAAUCUAUACUACACGCUAAAUCUAAGCAGGUCUCAGUACGUGGCGUCUUCACAUUGGAAAAGUGACAGUCAACUCAGACCAGACAGAAUGCAUACUAAAUACAGCUGAUUUUUGAGUGUGCUGUUGAAGGAUACUAUUCUCCCACAAUGCAUUGCACAAAGGAAGUGGAAGAUCUUGGAAAACAAAAAUAAGUUACAGAGAAAGACAUUUUGCUUUCUAUUUCUGAAGGUUAACUUACAGUGAGUCUACAGUCACUGUGUGAUGGACAUCUGACAGCGUGUUGUAUCAUUUCCUGUUAGUGUGAAGCAGCUAAAUAUUGUUUCUCAUAUAUACUUAUAUAGAACACUAUACACGUUAAACUAUGCAGUGUAGUCAGUAUUGAGUGAUUUCAGACAACUUUUAGAGAUGUUCUUCAAAAUGAUCAUUAGGUACACAAUAUAUGUGCUCUGGAAAAUGUUCGCUGAAGGUUGCAGUCAAAAUGCUCAACUUAUUACCAACUCUGCAACAAAGAAAAACCUCACUGGGGUCGACAUUCACAAAACAUUGAGAAUUGUUUGAUAUUAAUCACACAACAAAGUGUUCUGUUAACGUUUCACAUCAGCUGCCCCAACCACAGAACAGACUUGUCUGGGCUAAAACAGUACAGUGUAAAGUUCUUAUAAUAAUGCAAUCACUGUAAUUUUGGAUGCUAAUAAUGUUAAGGCCUGCAAAAGAUAUAACUGUAUUGUUUUGUUUGUGUUUUGAUUGUAACAGCAUUUACAGAAUAUUAAAACAAUUGAUUAAAAUCCAAAUUGAGCAUUUUAAUUCAUUCUACACUGUAGUUGAGUUCUUUUCAAAACCAACUUCCACAA